UAACACCAACGUCUCCCUACAUCACACCGCCGACGCCCGCCCGGCGCUCCCUGCUGCCAGCGCCAGCCAGCCGUGGAGAGGGUGUGCCUAAGAAGACUGACUCCCUCCCUCCGCGUCUCCUGACAACAAUCUUAUCACGGCGAACAAUCCCUGUAUAUUGCAAUUUCUGACAUCGAAAACACCCACGAGCGAACGAGUAGAACAAAUUUCACCGUUGGGCAUGCGCAGAGGGCGGAAAAGGGCAUGUGGCAACCCGUCUAUGGCUAAGGCUGGGCGAGCGAGGGGCAGCGCCGCGGCGACUGUCAACUCAGGCUGGGGCGAGCGAGAGCAGGAGGAGGCACGGUACGCAACAGUCAGUGAGGCCGGGGAUCCCAGUUGGGCCAGACGCACAUCGCUCCGGCCUUGUCCUCCUUGUUACCCUCCCGAGUGCAGUGUGAGGCGACAGCGUGAGAGCAUGUGAAUAAUAGAAGUACGUCGAUGCCACUCCAUUCAUCAUCCUACCUCAUUACUACAUCAAAGCAACGAACCAACGACCACAAGACGCGUGUGCAACUCAUCCUACUCCUCCGUAUUACAAGUGAUUGAUGAUUACUAUUCUUACGCCGCUUCUCAUCGACACUUAGUUUCCAAACCUGGCGGCGAGGAAAUCAAAGGGAGCAAAGAAAAGUCACUGUAACAAUAAUACUAGUAAUUUCUCCCCCUUUAAUAAUAAUAAUAAAUAAUACCACACUAAGCGAGCCUCUUUAAAUUUUCGAGGGUGGUGCGUUCGUCCCGUCCGUGGCAUUACAUAACCUGGGCCACUCAGUUCGACUAGUCAAAACACACCGCACCGUCUCGUCGCGGAGAGGAGAGGAGCGCCAAGGAGACCUAGUGAGAGUGAAGGUGCCUCAGGUGACUGCCACAAUGGUCCACACCUGGCCCUCCUGUGCUGCGUGAGGGAGAGCUGGCAGAACACCCCUCUCAAUCCUACCUCCUCUCAGCCCUCCCUUCGCCGGAGCCCAGUCAUCCCGCCACGCACCCACCCAAGUCAUACAAGAUGAAUCUACUGUGUUGCGAGAAUGCGACGGUGGAACUUGACAUGAAGUGUAAAUCCUACCUGGACCCCGUGUUGCUGAGUGACGAUCGUGUGCUCCUAAACCUCUUGAACCUGGAGGAAAAGUACAUGCCCAACUCGCGGUAUUUCUCGUGUGUACAGACAGACGUGGAGCCUCGCAUGCGGGACUCCGUAGCCCACUGGAUGCUGGACGUGUGCCGGGAAGAGCGACAGGAGGAGGAAGUCUUCACGCUCGCUAUGAACAUGAUGGACCGCUUCCUCUCGCUCGUGAAGGUGAAGAGGAACCAGCUCCAGCUUCUCGGCACCGUCUGUCUCUUCCUCUCGUCCAAAAUCAAGGAGUCCCCGCCCCUGGACCCAACCCGCCUCGUCUACUACACCGACUGCUCCAUCACUCUCGAGGAGAUCAGGAAGUGGGAGCUGCUUGUUCUGUCGAGACUGAAGUGGGACCUCGCAGCCAUCACGCCCCACGCCUUCCUCGACCAAAUCAUCGCGCGCCUCCACCUCAGCUUCCCCGAGACUCAGAUCAGGGUCAUCAGAGAGACAGCGACGUUCUUCAUCACCGUCUGCGCCACUGACGCGCGAUUCACCUCAAACCCGCCCUCGAUGGUGGCGGCGGCGGCGGUGGCGUCGGCUAUCCAGGGAGUCCUACACAGACACGAGAUUGAGGACGAGGCGGCAGCGGUGGCGCCCCUGAGCCUGGCCCCGCGCGGCGACCACACCUCGGCCCAGCAGUACAUGCAGGACCUGUACGACCGCCUGCACGACAUCACCCAGAUCGACACGGACUGCCUCAAGGAAUGUCACCGGCAGAUUGAGAUCUGGACACAGAGCAGCGGCGAGAGUCCCGCCCACAGUGCGGAGUCCACCACCCCGACCGACAUGCAGGACGUCAUGUUCUGACGGCAGGACCAGAGCACCGGAUUCCUUCCUCAUCCUCGCCACCAGGCUGGGGACGCUGCACCCUCGCUGGGGUCCCCCGGGGCCAGCCCCAACACUGCCACUUCCUGCAGUCGGUGACUAGGGGUUUGUGAAGCCCCGUUGGCACCGACACGACUGGCGGGGUUGUUGCUGACCCGCCGGUGUGGGCGUGGGGCCCGCCGCCCCUCCCCCGGGACGGCCGCCCCCACCACGCCUACCAUGUGCACAAGCUAGUCGGGUUGCUAAUUUAUAUCGGAUAUGAACUGACAUUAGCUAUCGCUGUCGCUACUGCUGUUCCGGGCAUGUCUGCUGCCCCUGAGUGCUCCUCCUCCCCCUCGCUGCCUUCCCUCCCUCACCCCGCCGCCCUCCUUCCUCACCGCCACGCCCCUCUUAUCUUCCGGCACUAGCGACGCUGAUCCUCACGCCCACGCCCACGCCCACGCCACCCAACGCCGCAUCGCAAGGUUGACGGUGUUUUGUCUCUGUUGGCGCCACUCCCGGCGGUGGACGCUGACAAGUGCCAGGAAAGGUUGGUGAUUACCAUCGGUGGGGCGAGGCCGCCUGCUGGGCAGCCCCGUCCCGCCCAGCCCACGCCCCGCCUGCCUGCCUGGACAGCCGCCGUCUCGAGCUGCGCCGCGGCUGUGGGGCAGCCUGCGGAGGCCUGCGGCACCGGAGGGACGAGCAUCGGCGCGUCACUAACCACCUCAAGGAGGAGCCUUCCCGCGAUUGGACAUUCUUUAGGUCUUUGGAAAAUUGUCUCCCACAGAGGCGGCCGGCGGGGCCACACACACACACGCGCGCCCCGCCUCCUGUCUGCAGACGUGGCUUGCAUCAAAACUGUGAUUGAUUUUUUUACUAAUACAGACUGAAAACAUAAAAUGCAAAAAAAAAGAGUAUGUGGAAGUGAAGUGUAGGACUGUACUGUUUAAGAUAAAAUUCGAUGUGAUAUAACAUUAGAGUGGAGCCGUUAGCGUAAGGUCACCUGACAAGAGUAGAGUAAGAGUAGGCGACAGAUAGGCAUUAUUGGCCCUCUCACCAGGCGCUCACUCCCCCGUCGGCCUCGUUCGCCAACUAGAAAAAAAGUCACAACAAAGCCGGUUGGUCCUGACGAAGGCGAAGACACGACUCGGAAGCAAGUCGGAGACAGGCCGCGGACGACAAGGCUUCGACAGCGGUCAGAGUAUAUUAUUUCCUUAUUGUUUUGCUAUUACCCUUACCAAGCUUUCCUAAAAUAUCCUCAAGUAUAUUGUAUUAUAAUAUUAUCUAAGCCGAGACGUCCCGUUUGGUUCCCUGUUCCCCUAGAAACUGUUUAUAUAUUGAUUUGCAUUAUCAUCUGUUUAUUAUUAUUAUUAUUAUUAUUAUUAUUAUUAUUAUUAUUAUUAUUAUUAUUAUUAUCAUCAUCAUCAUCAUCCUUAUUAUUAUCAUUAUUUUGAGUAUAAUCAUCACCGCUCAUAUCAUUACGCAACCUUCCCGCCCCCAAACUGCCGGCCUGGUAGUUGUUAGACGUUGCUUCCAUAAACGUUCAACAUACCUAAUCACCGUAUUCCUUUGAUCAUUAGGUCUGUAUCUUUUCUUUAGCUCCCCGGUGCGCGGAUGUAAGACUUUACUUCCCGCCCUCGCCUCUGAGGAUGCGAGAACAGGGUCGCCGGCCAGCGUUCAGGCCCACGAGACGAAGCUUUCCUGCGUCCUCCACCGCCUCCCCGCCGCGCCUCGGUGCUGGACGCUGGGAGUUACGAUGCAGUCGAAAAAUAUGAUUACGAAAAACACUAAAGCGUCACUCCAAAUAAUGCCCCACUAACACUAAUUCCCGCUCUUCCAAUGGCCAUCAGUACUCGAAAGACACAGUGAUCACGUCAGCCUCCCGCUCCACACAGACAUCUUAAUUAAGCUUACAGCCGUGUAGUGAUUUAUAUUUGGGCAUUUUACUUAUUGCUGUGGCCCUCCUCCUACCCCCCUCACCCCCCUCCCUCCCUCCCCCCUACACUCGGUCAUCACUACUACCUUGGCUAACUAAACUAUUCACGUCAUUAAGGUUCCUCCGCUUCAUAAUUUGCUUUGAUUGAUAGAAGAAAUUGAUACUGGAAAAAAUUAUAAUAAAUUCGCUCUUACGAACUCAUACGUUGUUUUCUUGGCUUGCGUUCAAAGUAUUAUACCGUAUAUAUUAUUAUUAUUAUUAUUAUUAUUUUCAUUAUUAUUUUCUUGUUUGCUUAAUAUGUAUAACGACAGGUUUUCUUCUUGUAUCGAUGCGUUUCCUCGGUAUUGAUUUGGAUUUUUUUUUGUUUUUGUUUUUGUUUCGUUGUAGGACACACACACACACACACACACACACACACACACACACACACAGACACACACGCACACUUGAUAUCAAUCGUGUGUUAUAUCGUUUCUGUGCGUCAGUCUCGUCAGUCACACCCACGCCCACGCCCACACCCAUGCGACCCCUCCCCCCCCCCCCUCCCCCGCCCCCCACCGCCGCCUUACUAGUCCUCACCCACCAGUCACAUCCCUCCCCCUCCUCCUCCUCCUCCUCCUCCCUCACUCCCUCAUUCUCUCCCUCCUUGUCUUGCUUUGUGGGUUCCUGUUUCAUGUUGAUUUAUUUAAGAAGAGAAAAGAUAGAGAUACUUAUUUAAUGCAUGUUGGCUUUUUUAUUUCCGCGGAUUAUAAAACAAAGAAAAACUAUUGUACUCUUGUAUUGAGUGGAGUUUUAUUAUUAUUAUUAUUUUAUUAUUAUUAUUAUUUCUGUGGUUAAUAUAUUUUUUUUAUGAACUUAAGUGACGUGCGUGGUUCUCUCUCAUCGAUGUAUGCUACUACUACUACUACUACUACUACUACUACCCUAUCAGGUAUUGUUUUCCUAAUGUAGUAAACACACACACACACACACACACACACACACACACACACACACACACACACACACACACACACACACACACACACACACACACACACACACACACACCAUUAUCCUCCUUCUCUCCCAUUCUCAGUAACUCCAUCAUUUUACAGGCAGAAGACACCACUUAUUUUUCUCUAUCUCUGUACUUACAUUCACCAGCUAGUCAGGUCGAUAGCUCACCACGAUCACCAUAACCAGCAUCACCAAACCCUACACGUACACAGAUACACACACCACCAAUAACAAAUGCAGAAGACAUCAGGUCGCACGCUGAGAAUUCAUAUGUAAACACACUCUUGCUUCCCUAUUAUUUGCUGUCAGUCAUCCAGUCAGUCAGUCAGUCAGUCAGUCAGGUUCUCAUUCCCACUCUGCUGCCUCUCAAUUUUCAACCCAUCCCAAUCUAAUCUAACCCAGUCCAGCCUUGUCCCUUCCUUCCCUUCCCAAACCUAACCCAAUUCAGUUCCUUCCUCCUCUUCCCUUCCUUUCCCCAACCCAAAAAAGCCUAAUCCCUUCCCUUCCCUUCCCUUCCCUUCCCUUCCCAAACCUAACCCAACCCAGUUCCUUCCUCCCCUUCCCAUCCUUUCCCUAACCCAACUAAGCCCAGUCCUUUCCCUCCCUUCCUUUCCCCAAACCAAGCAAACCAACCUCACCCAUCGUAACCCAACCCAACCCAACCCAACCCAGCCUCUUCCCUCCCUCCCACGCACUAAACUUCAUGCCACGCUCCGUCACCCCGCCCAGGCAACGAAAAGGCAUACUUACUCGAUAACGUUCUUUCAGGGUUCGAUAAUAACGUUCUCUUAUUAAGGUUAUCAGUCCUCAGGCCGUUCCUAUACAGUAGCGUCUUUAUUAUUAUUAUUAUUAUUAUUAUUAUUAUUAUUAUUAUUAUUAUUAUUAUUAUUAUUAUUAUCAUCUCAGGUUUGGUAGACUUGAUGCCAGUUUUUUUAUGCCUCGGAUCAUGUUUUUUUUUUCUCUCUCUCUCUCGUCAUCAUCACGUUCUACGCUUAUCACUUCACGUCGCGUUCUUGUCUAGCGUUGUACAGAUUUUUCUCUUUAUAUGUCCACCUCCUGCGUGUGUGGUAAACCCUUUGUGUAGGUGUUUGCUUGUAGUUCACUGUUUCUUUGUUCUUAACGGCACACACACACGGGACUAAUCCAUUAAAACAAGAAUUACUCUGUGUAUUCUGCAUGGGUGGCAAAGUAGUACAAGAAGAGAAAGCAAAAAAAAAUAAUUAUAAUGUUUACUUUUUAUUCGAACUCUAUGGCUUAUGAUUUUUUUUUUUUUUCGUUUUGAUUUAGGCCUGUUGAUUAAUUAUGUGAUUUUUCCUCAUUCAUCGGUAUUAAAAUUCUCACUUUCCUUAUCUUUAAAUAUGUAGACACACACACGGAAUGUUUUGUACGACACUUUUUUAUUUCUUCUGGUUAUCGUAAUUAUUAUCGUAGACGAAGAUGAAGGGACCAACCAACACCUCCACGUUCAGUAUACUAUUAUGUCUUCCUAGUGUUAAAAGGGAUAUAACAACACUUGCAGCCUCAGCAAGUUUGGCUCAGGAGAUAACAGAGAUAAGACAUUUGCAGUGGUGCCAAAUUUGUAUGUUGUCGUUGCUUUGCUGCCAAACUGUAUAGGACUCCCAACGCAUCCAUCCAUUCCAUCUAUAUUCCACGCAUUGUCUUCGGUAUUCGUAUGUUCGUGUGUACCUAUGUCUCUUUGUGUUAGUGUACGCCAUCAGCUUGGUGGUGGGGGGGACGGCGGCUGAAUGUAUACCCCUGUUAUAUCCGUGAGAUGCCCCCCCCCUCCCCUCCCCUCACGUGACCACAACACACACACACACACACACACACACACACACACACACACACACACACACACACACACACACACACACACACGAUAUACUCCUAGCUGUCCUAAUAAGAAAAUCGUUCCUGAAUCAGAGCCAAAGUUACACACACACACACACACACACACACACACACACACACACACACACACACACACACACACACACACACACACACACACACACACACACACACACACACACUACUACUACUACUACUACUACUAUUACUACUACUACUACUACUACUACUAAAAGAUUUCCGUAUUGGGCUGUUGUUCCUACACCGUUUAAUUUAGCAUAGGAGGGUGUCGAAGGAAGGAGGAGGAAGAAGAGGAGGAGGAGAAGGAAGAGAAGGAGGUCCUAUUUUUUAUCCUAAUGUAAAGAUUCCCAGUGGUUUCGACGUGCGUGCGUGUGUGCGUGUGUCCGGGGGUGACGAGGUAGUGGUGGUGGUGGUGAUGAUGAUGGUGGUGAACGGGAGUGUCGCCUUCCUAACGGGCUCACUUUUCCACGACAGCACCAUCGGGUAGAGGAGUUCUGGAGUCAGUCACGUAUCUUAACUGUAGAUGACCGGGGCAAUAUAUGCAGAACACGACCUUUGAAAGCAUUGUUAUUAUUAUUUAUUAUUACUAUUAUCGUAACUAUUUUAUUUUUUGAUGAUGCCUCUACUGCUAUUUCUUCCAUUACUAUUACUACUACUCUCUCUCUCUCUCUCUCUCUCUCUCUCUCUCUCUCUCUCUCUCUCUCUCUCUCUCUCUCUCUCUCUCUCUCUCUCU